AUGAAGAAACGCAAGGAGAUGGAUCAUGAGAUCCCUCUUGAUCUACUAAUGGAGAUUCUCGUAAGAUUGCCGGCGAAGUCUCUGAGAAGGUUCAUACUCGUUUCAAAGAUAUGGUCGUCCAUGAUCCAGAGCCAAGUAUUCAUAGAUUACUUCUUCUCCAUCUCCUCGACACGACCGCGGUUUUUUGUAGCUUUCACCAAUUGUUGUUUCGAAAAGUAUAAGGAGAGACGCUUGUUCUACUACAUGUCGUCGUCGUCUUCACAAUCACAGGAAGGACAUGAAUCUUCUCCUUCUUCUUCUCUGGUAACCAAUCUCGACACGAUAAUGCCUUACCUCGCCGUUUGUGAUUUCUACGGGUCUUGUUCUUCCGUCCAUGGCUUUAUCGGUUGCUCACUUGGCGUUGGGUUCUUGGUCUGUAACCCUAGCACCAGACAAGUCAUUGUCUUACCAACCUUACCAAAACGUCCCGCUCCAGAUAUGAGAGGCACGUGCUUGUGUUACGAUCCUGUCUCUGAUCAGUUCAAAGCUUUGUCCCUCAUUGCUUCUCGCAUACCUACUCAAGAUCAUGUAGAGCACCUGGUGUUAACCCUAAAAGGUGAUAACACAAAAUAUUCAUGGAGGCAAAUCAAAGGUGGUAAUAACAACAACAUCCCGCCUUAUUCCCCUGUGACUAUGAAAAUAUGCAUCAACGGCAAAGUGUAUUAUGGUGCUUGGACCCCUAAAGUUCGCAUGAAUCCAGUGAUUGUUUGUUUUGACGUUAGGUCCGAGGAGAUAACUUUUAUCAAAGCACCUAUUGAUGUCGUGUUCUGGUAUUCCGAAUCGGUUUUGAUGGAAUACAAAGGGAAGCUAGCUUCCAUUGUAAGAAACCCUUUUAAUCGUUUCGAUAGGUUUGAUUUUUGGGUGCUAGAGGACGUCGAGAAGCAUGAAUGGUCAAAGCAAGAAUGUGUAUUUCCCCUCUCGUUAUGGGAUUCUGUUUGGGGUUUGAAAAUGUCUUUUCCAGGCACCAACAAAGCUGGUGAUGAGAUAAUUUUAGCCCCAAGAUACUUGUCACGCCAACUUGGACCCUAUUACAUUUUCUACUACCAUUUAGGAACCAACAACAUCAGAAGAGUUACGGUCCAUGGGAUUGCAGAUGAUGAAGAGUUUAGGCGAUCUUAUGGCUUUGAAAACACUGUUCGUGAAUUUCCUGUUUUUAUCUCACCGGAACAUGUUGAAAAUUUAAGGAUUUUGUAA